AUGAUUGUAAGAAGUCAGAAGUUGCAAAACAAGGAAGAUGGCAGCCUCGGCUAUGCUUGCCCCGGGCUUGGGCACGGCCUCUCAGCAACGUUCUGCCAAGGGGGAAGGGUUGCUCCGCUUCCCGACGGAGUGCAAUUGUACUUCAAGCAGAAGGAAGAGGGUGUGGAGAGUCUGCGAACGCUGGCGUUACCGUUGGGGCCCGGAAACGAUGGGGACUUGAUGGAGCUGAUCCAAGCCUGCGAGGAGGCCUGCUUUGGGUUCGGGGACAGGGACGUGACGGACCCGACCUACCGGAAAGCUCUGUCGCUUGCGAACGACCGCUUCGCAUGUUCCUUCCACCCUGCCGACCACGGCAUCCUGCACGACUUGCAAACCGUCAUGGCGCCGAACGCAAAGACCAUAAGGGCGGAGCUCUACACGCUAAACGUGUACAGGCCCGGUGACUUUUUCAAGGCGCACGUUGACACACCGAAAGGCGAGGCCAUGUUCGGCUCCCUGGUGGUGUGUCUCCCUAGCGCUUACACCGGGGGCCAGCUUCACGUACGGCACCGCUUGGCUGAUGCAACUUUUGACUGGGCCGAACGGUCGGGGGAUACGAUCCAGUGGGUGGCACUUUACUCUGAUUGCGAGCACGAGAUCACGGAGGUCACCAGCGGCAACCGCAUCACCCUGACGUACAACCUCUUCGCUGACGUCAGCGCGAAGUCGCCGCUCGCGGCCGCGGUCGACUGGUCCGCGCUCCCGCUGUACCGCGCGCUCCAAAGCGCGCUCGGCCGCGCAAAUUUCCUGCCCGCUGGCGGGGUUUUGGGGUUUACGUGCCAGUUCUCGUACCCGCAUACGAACAGCCAGUUCGCCGACCGCCCGGUGCCUUUACUCAAGGGAGCCGAUGCGGUGCUUUUCGCUGCGGUUAAGCAGCUCGGGUUAGGGGUGAGGUUUGUGCACUUGCACAGGGUUUCGAAAGGUUUCAAGACGGAGGAGGAAGAAGGCAAGCUGUGGAUGGCACAGCAGAAGCGGCGCCGCAAGCGCGACGAGGCGGAGAGGGCGGCCGCGGCAGCGGCCGACGUGCUCGCGUCACUGGUGGAAGCGGAAGCGGACACCGGAAACGGAAUAGACGAGGAGGAUGUAAUCCAGCCGCACGGCGCCACCACCGCAGAAACGAAGCGGAACAUUGAAACGGAAAGGUGCGAGACGGAUGUCGUUGCGCCGCUAUCCGCGUGGCAGUACCAAAAGAAGGACGAGGUUUUUGGCUUCUCCGAGCACGGCUUUCCGCAGAUCUUUCCGGUGGUCUGGGGCGGGAAAGACGUCAAGUGGGCGGUCGACGGUCCAACCGACUGGGAGGUGGGCAAGGUGUCUGUUGACGUUUACGGGAACCAUGCGUCGAGCGACGUGACUUAUUGCGCAGCCGCAAUCCUGGUGACGGUGCCUAGUUGGGAUGAAGGGUUGAGAAACGCGAUCCCUGAAUGAUUCACUACGUUUAUGCGACACAGAGGUUCAAUCGAAGUAUCGUCAGAUUGUUACACUCAUAUGGUCAGACGUGCAGUAACGCUGGUGCUUGUGCUUGGCAAGAUUGGACUCAGGCCCACGCCUUAUGUGCACGGCGUGUACUAAUCAAGAUCCCUCGUUGUGUGGCCGGGUAGGGCCCCGUGCAAGCUCAACGGGAUGCAAAUCUUGGCAGGUCGCGUUGACAUUUUGAGAGUUGCGCUUGCGAUAUGGCCUGCAUCAAUGCAGGGACAGAUGUUGGCUGUCCACAAUGGGACCCCCUUGAGUCGUGUACGUAAUUGAC